CCACUCGCUGGAGCCCGAGCCUACAUACGGAUCGACAGCUGGUUGUUGCGACACUUUGGUUCUGUAGCAUUACCACUGCCAGUGCGUGUUCUUCCUCUUCUUUCUUUCUGGAGCUUGAGGAUCUCAGAUCUUAGCGUUUCUUUGUGUUUGCGAAAUGGAUCCGUCGACGACACUGUACAACCAGCUCAAGAGCGCAGAGCCAUUUUUCUUAUUUGCGGGUCCCAAUGUGAUUGAAUCGGAGGAGCACGUCCUACGGAUGGCCAGCCACAUUAAGAGCAUCACUUCCAGGCUUGGGUUACAGCUGGUUUUCAAGUCAAGCUUUGACAAAGCCAAUCGAACCUCUUCCAAGUCGUUUCGUGGUCCUGGCCUUGUUGAAGGCUUAAAGAUUCUUGAGAAGGUAAAGGUCGCGUAUGACAUCCCUAUAGUGACUGAUGUACAUGAAACCAUUCAGUGUGAAGAAGUUGGCAGAGUUGCCGAUGUUAUUCAGAUCCCAGCAUUCCUAUGCAGACAGACAGACCUCCUAGUUGCUGCUUCCAAGACUGGAAAAAUCAUCAAUAUUAAGAAAGGCCAAUUCUGUGCUCCAUCUGUGAUGGCAAAUUCUGCUGAAAAGAUUAGAUUGGGUGGAAAUGAAAAAGUUAUGGUUUGCGAGAGAGGAACAAUGUUUGGCUAUAAUGAUUUGAUUGUUGAUCCUCGAAACUUGGAGUUGAUGAGGGAAGCUAACUGUCCUGUAGUGGCUGAUAUCACACAUUCUUUGCAACAACCAGCUGGAAGAAAGCUGGAGGGUGGUGGUGUUGCCAGCGGUGGUCUUCGUGAACUGAUACCAUGCAUUGCAAGGACAGCAGUUUCUGUUGGAGUUGAUGGAAUUUUCAUGGAGGUACAUGAUGAUCCUUUAAAUGCUCCAGUUGAUGGUCCAACCCAAUGGCCUCUGCGGCAUUUGGAGGAAUUGCUGGAAGAGCUUAUAGCAAUUGCUAGGGUUAGCCAGGGGAAGAAGCCAUUCAAAAUUGAUCUGACUCCAUUCCGCGAUUAAGGAAGACUUUUCAAGCUUUUCUCAAAGUGCCAAAUGCAAGCAAGCAAGCAAGCAAGCAAGAGAACGGCCAGUUGUGAUGAUGAUGAUGAAUGUAAGCAACUCCCAUAUUUUAAGGACUUGCUGUUCUGAAAAAGGCCACGCUGUUGUGGUAGUAAAGCUAAUUUGGCUUGUAAACCACAGGAUGCACUUGAAGCUAAUGGAGGCUUUAUGGUCUUUUCCACUUAUAUGCCCUUUGCGAGGGUUGACAACAACUCCUUAGGGAUGAGGGUUUGGUCGCUUCGGUAAGUUAUGGAGUCUAUUGAUAUUUGAACCGAAUUAAUCAAAUUUAUCUAUAACAAAAUCGUAUCGUACUAGUCUGAAACUUUAGAAUUUUGAUUUAGCAUUAUUAAUCAAAAUAACCAAAAUUAGUAAUAAAAAUAAAAAUUGAUAUUAAGAAAGUUUAAUAAAAAUUCAAGACAUUUUUUAAUUCCAAUUAUUGUAAUAAAUAUCAACCUAAGUUUAAAGUAGGAAUAAGCUCAAAUUUAGUGGUAUUUUUUUGUUGUUGUAAAAGAAUAAUAUAUUUUGGUCAAAAUUCAAAAUAUUAGUGUUAAAAUCAAGCAAAAUUAAAAAUAAUAUUUUGGAAAUUCAAAAUUGAGUUGAAUUGAAUUGAAUUAAUUGGUUCAAUUUGGGAAUCCAAUUUUAAUGGAGUAAUAGUAUUCACCCCUUACCCUUGGUCAAUUUCGCAGUCACUUCGCCAAAGGACUAUGAAUAUUCAUAUAACUUUAGAGGAGACAAAAAAAAAAAAAAAAAAACUUUUACUAGUUCACAA